AUGGAUCGAGUUUUAAUGGCGGGUCAAAAGGAAGAAGCAGACGAACGUCGAGUAAAUCUGGAUGGAACAGGCGAGCGGGCGGAGAGGGCGGAGCGGGCGGAGAGAACGGCGGAGAAGUUUGAGCGGGCGGAGAAUGGCGGAAGGGGUGAUGCGGCAUUGAGGGACGAGUCUGCCGGUGCGGGGAGGGACAUUUCGAGUGGGGGGGGAACAGCGGAGAGAGCGGGGAGAGGAGUCGGCGGGGGGUGCGGAGAGUCGGGGGAAGAGGAGGGCAUGUAUGCGGUCGUGCGGCUGAUGCGGCGGCGGUUGGGGGAGGAGAAGGAGCGGCGCGAGGCGGCGGAGCGCGAGAAGGAGGUGUGGGAGCGGCGGUGGGAGGAGGCGGAGAAGGAGGCGCGGCGGUGGCGGCGGAAAGUGCAGCGCGCGGAGGAGUUGGCGGAGGCGAUGAGCGCGGAGAGGGGAAGACUGGCGGGCGACCUCAUGCGCGCGCUGGAGCAGGCGGAGCGCGCAGUGGCGGCAGUGGCGCAGGCGGAGGAGGACCGUGCGCACCUGGAAGUCGCGGCGGGGGAGGCGGAGAAAGAGCUCCGCCUUCUCCGCGCGCAGUGCUCGCAGCUCAAAUCCGACCUCCGCCAGACGCGCGCCGUUCCCCCCGCGCCCCCGUCCUCCACCACCACCUCCUCCUCCUGCUCCUUCCCCUCUUCCUCCUUCUCCUCCUCCUCCUCCUCCUCUACCUCCUCUCACUCCUGCAACGCAGGCUCUCGUUCCAUGCACUCCUCUCAAUCCCAUCGCAAGCAGCAUCUCCCCACAUCCACCCCUCCUUUGGUCCGCUGGAGCAGCCUCGGAAGCCGCCUCCCCGCUCUCCCCUCCUCCACUCUUCCCUCCUCUUCCUCCUCCUCCUCCUCCUCUUCCUCCGCGUGCCUCCCCCAACCCCCUGUGAAAUCCUCAGCCUUCCCGGUCUCUCUUACAGAACCCCCGCUUCCGGCUGCUGCUUUUCCAGGCAAUCAAGGCAGCAGCAGUAAGGGGGCGGAUAGCCGCGAGUGUUGCGCGUGUGGGGCGGAUGCUGGGGGGGAGGAUGUACUGCUGGCUUUAAGGGGGGUGCGGCGGGAGAAGCAGGCUCUGCAGCAGCGCGUGUACGAGCUUCAGCAAAAGCUGAUGGACCAACAGGCCGUUGUGAGCAAACAGGAGGAACGGCUAGCGAGAGCAGAGAGGGAGCGCGAGGAGUGGCGGGAGCAGGCCGGGGAGGUGGAGAGGGGCCGAGAGCGGUGCGUGCAGGUGCUGCGGGAGGAGCAGCAGGCGGUGCAGCAGCGGCUGGCUGCAGCAGAGGAGAAGCGGGUUGCAGCAGAGGCGGCAGCAAGGCAGGCAGAGGGGAGGGUAGUGAUGCUCGCAAGACAAGUGGCGGGAAUGGCAGCAGCUGCAGCGGCUGCUGGUGCUGGUGGUGGUGGUGGGGGUGGGGGGGGAAGAGGGGGCGGUAGUGGGGGGAUGGCUAGUUCUGGUGCUGGGAAGUGGGAGGCGCAGGGGGGAGGGAGGAGCGAGAGGGGCGCGAGGGAAGGGGCUGGGUUUGGCGAGGGGGAGAGGAUGGGGGGGGAUCAGGAGGGAGGGGUGGGAAGCUGGCAGCGGCAGGGGCAGCAGGGGCAGCAGGGGCAGGAGAGGGUUGGUCAAGGGGACGGUCAGUUGGGGCCGCGUUCAACUACAAUGGAUGUGCACAGGAGAAGCCCCAGUCGCUCCUACCACCGAUCGCGCUCCUCUCGCGCGCGGCCCCUCGCACAAGCACUCGUUUCCUCCGACAAUUCAGCAGCAUCCGGAUCUCUCUCCCUCUCUGUCUCUGCUGCCGGCAACAGCUCUGUAGACAAUGCCUCAGUCGAUGGUACCUCCUACUCUUACUCUCGCUGCAGUACCGUCACAGCCACUCAUCCCUUCUCCACUAACUCCUCCUCCUCCCGCCCGCCCACGCCGCCCUCCCGCCCCUCCACACCUCCCCCGUCCUCCUCCCCUCCCACCUCCUCCCUCACCUCCAUGUUCCUCUCGCAUCUCUUCUCCUGGACCUCUCCUUCCCCUUCCCCUGCUACUUCCCCCAGUCUCUCCCCCGCCCCUUCCCCUGCUCCGUCCCCCGAGCGCCCUCCUGAUCGACCCAAGAGUUUGCUUACGGGAGCAGUAGCAGCAGCAGCAGUUAGAGCAGCAGCUAGAGCAGCAGGAGGGGGAGGAGUAGGAGGGGGAGGAGUCAUGACAGGCAGUGGCAGGCUAGCUUCUGCUUGUGGUUCCCCUGCUGUUGCUUCUUCUUCUGCUGCUGCUGCUUCUGCUGCCGCUGCUGCUGCUGCUGCAUUUGCUGCUAGUCUCACCCUGGGUGAGGAAGGAGCAGGUAGUGUAGCAGGUGCUGGUAUGGGAGUGGGCUUGCUAGGCCAGGCAGAGGUUUGGCAACGAGGGGGGUUGGGAGAGGCCGCACCAGCAGGCUCGGAUGGGCUGGGAUUAGGGUUGGAUGACAUGCUCUUGCAGCUUCGGGGAGGGGAAGCAGGUUUGGGCAGCAGGAGCAUGGGGAGGGGGGGUGUUGGAAUGGAGGGAAAUGUUCGGUAUUUCUCUCAGGGUAUGUCCAAUGGGGGAUUGUAUCAGGGGCACGGGCAGCAGAUGGGGGGUUGGGAAGGGGGGGUGGUUGGUGAAGGGAUGGAGUUGGGGGGGCGUGGUGGGGAGGAGGUGUGGUUUCAUCCGCCGUCACUUCCACUCAUCCUCCGUCACUUCCUGUCUUCCUCCGUCGCUUCCAGUCAUCCUCCGUCACUUCCUGUCAUCCUCCGUCAUCUCCAGUCGCCCUCCCCAUCACCAGCCAUGUCCACAGCAGCCGUCGGGCCCGCGCCUCUCCCGUCGGACCCAGUGCCGGGGAAUGCGCCGGCGGGCAAGACGGGGCUAGAGAGUGUGAUGACGGCGGCGGAAGGGCGGGGAUGUUUAACGGCGGAUAGUUUUAUGGUGCCGCGAGGCGACCUCCAGCUCACCGACCAUCAAAAGGAGCUCGUCGCCGAGGCGCGCGAGUUAAUCUCCCAGAGCGGCAUUUCGACAGAUGACGUGGACGACCGCACCGUCAUGCGCUUCCUCGUCGCGCGCGCGCUAACCCCCGCCAAAGCCGCGCCCUUAUACGUGGCGCACCGCAAGUGGCGCGCCGCGUACAUCCCGAAGGACGCCCCGACGGUCCCGAUGGAGAGCAUCCGCACGCAAGCCGCGAGCGACUUAAUGUGCCUGCAGACCCUGCCCGGCCACGCGUCGUGGCUGCUCAUUCGACCGCGCUUCCACGACCCCAACACGCGCAAUCUCGACGAAUUCGUCCGUCUCAUAGUAUACGGCAUGGACGCGGCUCUCGGCAGCUCGCGCGCGGCGGGCUUCCACAAGUGCGGCGUGAUCAUAGACAUGGAGGGCCUGGCGUAUCGCAACCUGGACACGCGCGGGGUGAUUGCUGCUAUCGCCGUGCUGCAGAACCAGUAUCCCGAGCGACUCAUCUGUCUCUUCCUCAUCCACGUACCCACCAUCUUCUGGACGCUCUGGAAGCUCGUCUCGCCCUUCAUCGACCCCAUCACCAAGAAGAAGUUCCGGUUCCUGGAGGACAGGGCCAUCGAUGAGAUCCUACAGGCAGCCAUUCCAAGGAAGCAGCUGCCGAGUCGGUACGGCGGAGAGGGCGAAUUCACCCCCAUUCGCACCGUUCAAGUGGACUCAUGGCCGUCCAAUACUGAGUGA